ACUGGCGUCAGUUGCUGUGUGUUUCUGGGAAGCUGGUGUUCAUUUCUCGACAUGGCUUUUGUAGCAAGACGACGUAGGUCUCAUAAGUCUCUGAGAGUCUCUGGUCCCUGUCAUUUAGCGAUCCGCUGUCUGAUCGCAGUGUUGGGUUUGUGAGUUUGCAGGUGACCGGCAGCAGCCAGCGACGUGUUAGCAAUGGUGUGUCAGAUGCCAGAGCAAUCAGUUAGUGUUCUGAGUUCUAAAAGUACCAGUAGUUGUGUGCCGUCGACGUUUGGGAGACGAAAGACGAGACACGAUCAUGGUCGGCACUGCGGAAUGGCAAACAGACUUGAGUCGCCACCUGCUGUGCCGGAGAUUGUGUUUAUGGAAAAUGGAGAAGGGGGACCGUUUCCACCACUGCCCUCGCAGGGAGCAUCUCUUGCUGACUCACCAAGUACCGACAGUGAAGGGGCGGGCACCAGCUGCUCCAGAGACUCGGAACUCUCGACAUCACUACCAGCUUGUAAUGGAGAGACUGAGGAAACAUCGUCGGAGCCAGAAUGCUCGCCUCGUCCUCCAUCUCACGGAAUUUCAGGCCUCACCGCUCGGGAGCUGACGCAGGCACGGAUAGAACAGGACAGAGCCUACCUGUACAACAUCUUGCCAGCAGUCACCAGUGAGGUGGACUUUAAACGGCUCGCGGACAGUGUGACCUGUUUAACAGAGAAUUGUAUGUUUUAUGCUGAUUUGGAUUCAAAAGGAGCCAGAUUGUUGCUAGGUGACUCGCCUGUCGGAACCUUCAUCAUACGCAACAGCGCGGAUCCCAAGUUUCUGUUCGCGUUGAGUGUGAUGACGGAGCGAGGAGCGACUUCAGUUCGUAUCCAGUACCGUCGUGGGUUUUUCCAGCUCGACUGUGAAGAGAAAAUGAGACGCAAACUGCCUAGGUUUGAGACUGUGAUGGAGCUGAUCGACUUCCACGUGGCGCAGUGUCGCGACGGCUUCGGGGAGCAGUGCCGGUGGCUGGAGACGUCAGGGCGGAGGGACAUGGUGGUCAUCCUGACUCGCCCCGACGUCACUCCCCCGUCUCUCACUCACCUGGCGAGACUGGCCGUCAACACUCGCCUAGCAGAUCUGCACCUACCCAGUCGCUCCACUGAUCUCCUACCUGUUCCUCAAGCCAUCAAAAACUACCUCCGCGAGUACCCCUACAAGGUGUGAACGUCCGCGCCGCUCCACGUGCAAGUCCCGUGCGUUGCUCGGUGCAGGUGCACCGGCCUGAGAGCACGCAUCCACCGAAAAGCGGCAGGCCUGCAGCAUCCAGAAAGCGCCGCUGCACGCAGCACCAGACACGGACUAGUUUCUUUAACAAGACUCCCGGACCAAGGCUGGAAUAUGUGUGUGAUGGGUGCUGCUUGAAGGGAAAGAGAAAGACUGUUCCCUUUACCCGCCGCCCCCGAUCAGGUGACUAUGUAAAGAGAAGAAGAGAAGGCGUUGGCCACACCUUGCGCUAUUGAGAAGAAACAGAUGUGUGAACCAGUGAUAGGCUUGUCGGAUACCAAUGACCCAAGUGGACUAGCACCACACCUAGCAAAGUCAGGCUAGCAGUCUAGGCACACACACACACUUGCGAAGUAUCUUCGCCUUUUAAGCACCAGCCCACAACCGCUGUUGUUUAUUUAUUUGAAAUUUACUUUUUUCGUGUAGGAGAAAACAACCAAAAAAAAACUACCAGCGAAAAAUGUUUGCUUUAAACGUUAAAAAUUACUUUUUGUUGGUUUGUCAUAAUGUUUGUCGAUUUUUAUUAAUUGUAUUUGCCUUUCUUCGAUGUAUUCUUAAACUUGUUUUAAACUUGUCACAAAGUAUUUUAGAGCUUGCUAUUUCUUCGUCUAAAAAAACCACCUAGUCAUACCAAGCUGUAUGAAAUUAAAUGUAUUUAAAAAAAGGACAAAGGGGGUGGGGACCGUAGGGCCCUAUAGUAAGGUGUGCCGCUACGAGACAAGCUGUCGUCGACUUUUCUGCCAAACAACGAGGACAUAAGGUUGAGGGCACUGUAGUAAAGGACUGUCAAACCAGGAAGCCACCACGCGCGGUGUUUCCGUGGAACUGUCGUGUACAGGAUUACAUGGGCGACAUCUUUGAUUGGUCAGGACGGCGAAGCUGAACUGUUUGCUGGUCGUUACCGUGUGGGCUCUUGUGUGGGGGAGUGGACAUCACGUGACAGUGAGUGGUGCGAGCUCUUCCUCACACUCUUAUUAUAGAAGGACGGAUCGACGGGUCGAGUGUGUGUGUAUGAGAGAGAGAACAUGGGGAAGGGAGUGAGAGAAAUGUAUAUUAUUAUAUUUAUGACAGAUAUAGCGAAACUCGUGUUUUUAUUUUGUGCUGUUUUAUUUUAUUAUUUGAGGGAGGGGGGAUGAGAGUGAGUGGCAGAGAGAGAGAGAGAGACUUUAAAUAAAGUACUUUCAUUUUCAUGUUCGUGUAAAUACCCACAAAUAAAUUAUGACAGAUGCACGAUCAAUCAUGACAUGCGUAGCGUCUUUAAAUUGGAAAUUAAACAUUGAGCACUUUA